UUUGGUUCCCCUUCCUUUUCCUUCUUCUUCCACCUGGACUGUACAGAUCCUUUCACGUCCACUCCUGAUGCUGUUGACGAUGCCAUUCCAAACCUAAAUCCUUUCCUCACAAAAUCUAGUGAUCACCUCUCUGUCUCCUCUGAUGUACUCCCUUCUUUCACUUCUAGGACACCAACUCAUGAGAUGUUUGUUGAUUCUUUUUGUGGCCCACAAGCUUAUCCUAACGCUUCCCAUUUCUGCAAUGAACCCUCAACUGUAGCUGGUCUAUUCGGAGGGUUCACACCAUCUUCUGUUGCUCCACCGCAGCCAUCAGCGGGCCUUAAUGUUGACUUUGAGUCUGUAUUUGGAAACAAAAGUUCAAAUGUACCAGUGGAUUCUGGUGGCUUUGAUGAAUUAGGUGGACUCCUAAAACCAACAGUGGCUUCUCAGAACCAGAGUCUUCCAGCUUCCAAAGCACCACCCAAUAAGUUAGUAUUAGAUGACUUGGAUUCAUCUCUAGCCAACCUUGUAGGCAAUUUGGGCAUUGGAAACGGAACAGCUAAAAAUGAUGUAAACUGGACCCAGCCAGGAGAAAAGAAACUGACAGGAGGUUCCAACUGGCAACCCAAAGUUGCACCCACAACUGCAUGGAAUGCUCCAACAAUGAAUGGCAUGCAUUUUCCACAAUACGCACCACCUGUCAUGGCCUAUCCUGCUACAACACCAACAGGAAUAAUGGGAUAUGGAAUGUCAUCCCAAAUGGGAGGAGUACCAGUAAUGACGCAACCAACUUUAAUAUACAGCCAACCUGUCAUGAGACCUCCAAAUCCUUUUGGUCCUAUAUCAGGAGCCCAGCUGUCUGCCGCCUCCAGCCCAUCCACUCAGAGUCCACACAGAGCUUCAGGAAAGGACCCCUUUGCAGAGGUCUCCCUCCAGGAUUUCUUGUAGGACAAUUUAGAUCCAGUUUAUGUAAUCAUGCCAGAUGGAGUGAGAACAGUUCCAGAAAGACAUGUGCUUGGUGACCAACCCUUCUUUGCAGCUCAGUCAAAACGGAUGUGUCUCCAGCUCUCCAGUAGAACAGACUAAAUCAUGCAAAGCCCACAACAGUGGUGGGAAUCUCCACCAACAUAAGGAAGUCUCAGCACCCUGCCACGUGGUAUAAAGCCAAGAAUUGCCACAAAUUUGGUGUGGGAUCUUUUUUCUAUUUUUCCCCCUCUUGUGGUAACUUAACAUGGUAGUAACUCCCACCCCCUAUUUUAUAACUUUGAUUGGUAACCCACAAAAGAAACCACCUAUUCCGCUGUGAAGGGUAAACAGUGUCCUUGGAACUGCUCUUUUGGAAUGAAGAGCUGGACAUCUUUUUCUCCUUAACUCCAGUGAUUUUUCUCUAGAGGAUCAAAUCCUAAUUGUUUAAUUCUACAGCUUCCUCUCUUCAUUCAUCACAAAUGUUAGACUCCAUAAUGAAAAGUUUAACUUAAAAAGAAAAAAAAAAGAAUUAUAUAUUCCGUUUG